AUGCCCUCUAGAUCGCAAAUCCUGGACGAAGGAAACUCUUUGACGGCGGGAAGGAGCAGCAACUCUGGCGACCCUGGCGACACAGCUUCAGCUCCGGUUGACAUUUCGAAGGUGGAAGCAAGCGACAGCAUACAGAGCCAUCUCUCGGCGACCAACUCCUCUAAACGUCUUAGGAUAUCGCCUUCAGCGAGUGCUUUGGAUGCGAAGACCUCCACCCCAAAUUCCGAUGACUCCAGCACACCCCAUCAUCCUCCGCGAAGCAUCUCGAACUACUUCCGAGUCUUCUUUCUUUAUGAAGCCAGUCAACAACUCCCGAUAUCUAGUCGUUCAGGCCGCCCAGAACCAUCCACUCGGCUUUACGUUUUCUUCGCCGUCACACCACCUCUACGUGAAGAAAAGGGCACGCUAUAUGGAACGCCAGUAAACUCUAUGGCAAUUGGAUCUUAUUUGACGAGAUCAUCCAGUGGGCCUUCGGGACUCCUCGAACCAUUCGUCGUAACAAGCCAGGCUCAAAACUCCACAGUGACUCUAUGCGUCUGGAUUGCAGAUUCUGAUAUCCAGGAUCUGGAGAGCUCGCUGGGGAAUUGGAAGGGCUCCGUGUCUCUCCUGAUUACCACAGCUGCCAAGCCUUCUUCUCCAGAACACCACCAGCUGGUGAGGACAGUUCGCCGUCUCGUCUCUCGCUCCCAAGCCGCUCGCCCAUCGGUGCACCUCCUUCAUGUCAGCCACCUCAAGGCCCCAUCUCCGAAUCUGUACCUCAAUCUCGCUAGAUUAUUUUCGUCGACGGACUGGGUGCUCAUGUUCCCAAACGACCUCUCGGACCCACUUUCUCCAGCGUUCUACGCACAGGCGACUUCAAAGCGCUCUGAUGUCGAAAAAUCGGCGCAUCUUCUGACACCUGGACCAAAUGCUUAUCCUUUCAGCCCGCUGUCCCCUCUUCUGCUACGGAACGACGCAGACUUCUGGUGCACUGAAAGGAUGUUUCUCGACGUCACCCGUGAAUCCGAUUGGGAUGAAUGCCUGUGGCAGCUAGCUCUCCAAAGGAAUGGGAAGGUCGACACAAUAACCCCGUCCCAUCAGCUUGCCACCGCGAAGAAAGUGCCGGUUCAGAUUGCCAACGAAGACAUUGGCUUAGCGAGACAGCUGCUCAGCUCCAGAUUCAGAGCAGAAGCAUGCGACACCUUUGGCAAGCAGAUGAUGACCGGACAUGUUCGAAACAGGCAUAGGGAUAUAAUGCUGGAAGGCGUGAAGGCGUUCUGUUUGAAGACAGUGAACAAGAAACUCCCCCGGUGA